CUACUGAUGAAGCAUAGAAAACCCCACAUAACAGCCGGCAUCAAAUAGUUACCAGACGGCGGUUGCUCCCACCGAUUCAUCUUCCAAUUAGAACAGGACCUAGGGUUUCAACGGUUCUAACAACUACAAACACUCAAAUCACCAAAUUCAGGAAGAGGCUUUUGAAGAAUCUUGAUCAUGCAAUUAACCGGCAAUCCAAUCCAUUACAACGUUCUGAACGUAAAAGAAGACGCAACCCAAGAAGAAAUCCGUACAAGCUACAAAUCCGCUCUCCUCAUUUCCCAUCCAGAUAAGCUACAGAAAACAUCCGAGACCACAAAUUCUGAAUCAAAAUUUCUCCAAAUCCAAACGGCUUGGGAAAUCCUAGGAAACGUAAAAUCACGGGCAUUAUAUGACACGGAGCUUCAGAUGUCAAGACAAGAUGAUGAUGCCGUUGCAGAUGAAAUCGUGGUAGAUGAUCUGAUGGUGGAAACUGGCGGCGAUGUGGUGGAGCUUUUUUAUCAGUGCCGGUGUGGUGAUUACUUCUCACUCGACUCUUCGGAAUUGGGAGAGAUGGGGUUUGAAUUAUCGAUGAAAGGAGACAAGGUUUCCUUACAAGCGCAUAAUACUGCUGACAUGGCAUCGAUUGUGCUGCCUUGUUGUUCAUGUUCGUUGAAAAUCCGUUUAAUGAUUAGUAAAGAUUAGCCUCCUAAACCUUAAAUCUUGAAAUUAAGCGGGGAUUUUGAGAAGGUAUUCAUGUUCUUGAUUAAAUUUUUGGCAAGAUAGAUGUAUAACUGAUUUGAUUGAAUGUGACCAUUAUUGUAACGAGAUGGAGAUAGAAUGGAAGUAUUGUUUUAUUGAA